UCCCGCAGAGGCGGCGGCGUCGGGGAGCGAUCGCGGCGAGUUUUGGGCACCGGCAGCGGGCACCGGGACUGGCACCGGGAGCAGCACCGGCCCGCGGCUGCACUAUGACUCUGGAGGAGCUGCCCGGGGAUCAGCGCACCGCCGGGAGGAUGGAGCAGGCGGGGGACGCGCUGGAGGAGGUGCUGAGCAAAGCGCUGAGCCAGCGGAGCCUCACCCUCGGUGUCUACGAGGCUGCCAAGCUGCUCAACGUGGACCCGGAUAACGUGGUGCUGUGCUUGCUGGCGGCGGACGAGGAGGAGGCGGGGGACGCGGCUCUGCAGAUCCACUUCACCUUAAUCCAGGCUUUUUGUUGUGAAAACGACAUCAACAUCCUCCGCGUCAGCAACCCGGCGCGGCUGGCCCAGCUCCUGCUGCCGGCCACCGGCACCGAGCCGCCCACCGACCUCCACUGCGUCUUGGUCACGAACCCCCACUCAUCCCAGUGGAAGGAUCCAGCACUGAGUCAGCUGAUGUGCUUCUGCCGGGAGAGUCGCUACAUGGACCAGUGGGUGCCGGUGAUUAACCUCCCCGAGCGGUGACCUCCACGCUCCCCCAGCUCCACUCCAAAAAGUUUUUCUUUGGCAAUACUUUUAUAGCAAGUUGCUCAGGAAUUAACUCCCUGGUUUCCCCCCCCUCCUCCACACUUCUCCCCAGCGUGGGAAU